AUGGCCGCAUCAAAACCUAGCAUCCGCGCCCUCAGCGCUCUUGCUGCGGGUCCCCGCCUUCUCGGACCCCGCCUUACAGUCCGACAAUUGUCCAUGACUGGCUCGACAUCAUCUUCCUCCCUUCUCACAACCGACAAGCCAUACGGCUCAAAUCGCUCUCGCGGUCCAAUUCGCCUCUCUGGCGAGCACUCCGCCGCUGUGUCUGAAGCCACUGAGUCGGGCAACAAUGUCCGCCGCUUCAACACUUCCAGGAGUAGGAAGUCAGUUGGCGACAGCAGCACUCUGGACUUUGCCUACAUUCCCGGCUUCGACCCGGAGACCAGGAGCGCCCCUCUGGGUAUCAGGGUCCCCAUCUUGCCAUGGGCUGACGUCCAGGGUCACUCUGCCGAGAGCGAGGGUGUGGUGCCCAUGCAGCCCACCAUCUACGCUGUUGGCAGUGACGCCACACACAUCCACUCUCCCUCGGCCAUGUCUGACACUACCGACAACAACUCAUUUGGCUACCAGAGCAUCGCCAACAGCGUCGCCAGCAAAUUCUCAGCCACCCGCCAGGAGGGUGAGGGCAUGGCCAGGCAAAUUUGGAAUGACCUUGUAGACGACAUCAUGGGUCCUAAACGUGGUUCCACCAGGGCUUAA